AACCACCUUUACAAAAUAUGAAAUCUGUAGUCCCAAGCAUCCCAGAAGCCAAAAUGGUGACGGCAAAGGUGUGGAAACUAGCCAAGCGGCCAGAGGGGAUGCCCAAGAAGGAAGACUUUGUGUGUGUGGAAGAAGAGCUGGUUUGUGAAGAUGGAGAUGCUAUUAUUGAGGCUGAAUUUUUGAGUGUAGAUCCAUACAUGCGGUACAUGAUCAAGCAAAUCUCUCUUGAUGCCCCUAUCACUGGUACCCAGGUUGCAAAAGUAAUUGAAAGUAAGAACCCAGAGUGGCCAGUGGGUACGUAUGUUGUCUCGCCGUCUGGCUGGCGCUCUCACGCCCGACUCACCGAGAAGGACUUCAAAUCUGAUAACCUUUUCCAGAAGCCCUUGAAGCUACCAGAGAUGGGAGACUUGCCUAAGAGUCUUGGCUUAGGAAUUCUGGGCAUGCCUGGGAAUACAGCAUAUUUUGGGUUCCUAGAAAUCUGCCGACCAAAAGCAGGAGACACUGUGUUGGUAAAUGCUGCUGCUGGAGCAGUUGGUAGUGCUGUGAUUCAGAUAGCCAAAAUCAAAGGGUGUAAGGUAAUUGCCUUUUCGGGAUCUGAUGAAAAGGUAGCUUGGACCAAAGAACUUGGGGCAGACCAUGCCUUCAACUACAAAACGGCGAACAUUGGAGAGGCACUUGGUCAAGCAGCACCGGAUAAGAUUAACUGUUUCUUUGAGAAUGUUGGAGGACAGUUCACUGCUGAAGCUCUACCACACAUGGCAGAGAGGGGCAGAAUGGCAGUUUGCGGUGUGAUUUCAGAGUACAAUGAUGACGACAAGGAUUGUGACGUGGUGUCAAUGACUAGUCCAUUGAAUCCAGCUACGAUACUUUGGAAGCAGCUUGCAGUGGAAGGCUUCAUUGUUACAAGGUGGUUUGACCGCUGGAUGGAAGGAAUUGGGCAAAUAAAGCAAUGGAUCGAUGAGGGCAAAGUCAAGUACAAGGAAACUGUUGUAAAGGGAUUUGACAAAAUGCCCGAAGCAUUCAUUGGCCUUUUCCUCGGCGAAAAUACAGGCAAAGCCAUUGUAGCAGUCUGAGGAACCAUGUGUGGAAUGAAAAGAUCAAAACGUUCUACUUUAUUUUCAUAUUUUGUUAAUUUGAUAGUGAACCUAAAAAUAACUUGAUAAAUUUAUCUUUUGAAACUAUUAUGAUGUGAAAUUAUGCAGAAUUGGCAAAUAUUUUCAUCGUUUUAGAUGUCAAAAAUUGUUCCAUAAUAGCUUAUCCACUGGAAAAUACUCUUACUUGACAAAUAGGCCAGUACAUCUAUUUCAUAUUUCCUUCAUUUUUGAAGAAACUAUUUCAUAUGUAUGCAGCCCUGUUUAUUGCUUUUCCUUUCAGUUAUUUAUCUAUCUUCCAUUCUUCUAAAAUAUUCUUGUUGAGGCAAUGGCCCCCUUAAAAUCAAGUGCAAAAGUUUAA